GGAAGAGAGAGAGAGUGAGAGAGAUGGCCGGCAGCCAAUCAAUGCAUUGCUAACGGUUACCUUGCGAACCGCACCUCCGAAACCAGAGAAUAGUACGGCCAUGUCCAAAUUUCAUGAGAUUCCACACAACUCCCACCUCUCUCUCUUCUCAUUAGAAAGUGGCAAUACCUCCACUACUAUUUCCAGACUUACUAGGACGAGUUCCAAUGCCUCGCAGGCCGAGAGAAUUCUCCAUCGAGACCGACACCAUGGACUUCAUUGACUCCGUCCUUGAAGGCCUCGAUGGCUUCAACGAUUUCCCUGAUCCUACCGUUGAGCCCAAGUUCAAAUCAAAGAACCUUGAUGCCGAAAGGAGGAGGAGAACUAAGCUUAACCAGCAGCUCUUCUCUCUUCGUGCUUUGGUUCCCAACAUCACAAAGGCAGUCAAUCGCCUUUCCUUCCUCUUAUUAAUUCAAUCUCAAUGCUUAAAAUUCAAUUUUUUUUUUCUAUAAUUCCUUAGAUGAGCAAAGAGUCUACCCUCACUGACGCCAUCGACUACAUCAAACAUCUUCAGAAGCAGAUAGUUGAUUUGCAGAUUGAGCUCUCCACUGUUGGGACAGAGGGGGGAGAGAAACAGGGAAGUUCGUCAAGCACUGCGACUAAGGCUUCGCAAGAUACAGUGAGGUUCCAGGGAAUGUUGGAGCUGAGUCCUAUGGGGCAGAACAAAUUUUAUUUGAAGGUUACUUCGGAGAAGAGGAACAAUGGAUUCACAAAGCUCCUCGAAGACAUUAGCCAGCUUGGACUAGAGGUUAAUGAAGUGAGCUCAGUAUCUUUUUCUGGGAUUUCACAUGGAGUUUUAUGCCUAGAGGUUAGUAGAUGUGCUUUGGUAAGAGUUGAGAAGUCCUCAAAGCCAUUGAUGGUAUUGGAUGGAGAGAGAAAAUGGCAUUUCGCCCACUUCUUCCUUUUUUUUUUCAGUUUUGAUUUUUUGGCUGCAGAGCAAGGAUGAAAAGGAGAUACAUAUUGCCGAUGUGAAGAAGAUUUUGUCAACUGCGAUUGGUGCUCCAUAGUGCAGGUUUGAGCUCUCACAAGGUGGUUACUGAACAAGGAAGAAAAGAAUAUUCAGAUUGUUGCAAGGAGAAUUUUAUCAAGUGCUAUUGGCGCUUUCAUAGGAUCGAUUUGAUUUCAUUUAUGAUUAAAAAAAUUCUGUUUUAUUUGCUCACACGAAUUCAUGUGGCAUUUUAUAUACAAUAUGCACUAGAGAUGAUAUCCAAAAAUA